AUGAUAGGAGAACAAGCUUCAUAUGAAGAGAAAAGAAUACUCAGUGCUUUUAACUACGUCUAUAGUGAUAUGUUUCUGCAUCGUGACACAACGUUAAUGCCCCAAAACCAGACAGCAUGGAGUGCAUGUAACUUCCGUGGAUCAACAAUGGAUAAGAAAGUAUGCCUGACAUACUGGCUCAAUGUGAUACAGAACAUUGAUAACAAGGGACUACCUUUCCUUGUUACAAUUAAUCCACCUCGAACCCCGGAGAGUACAGUGCUUAAGUGGUCGACUAAACGUCCAGUUACAUCCGUUGCUGCAUCAAAGGCUUCAUUUGAGCUUCAUACCAUUCAGGGAAAGAGAAACAUUGUGUUUUGUGGAGCAUACCAAGGUUUUGGAUUACAUGAAGAUGGAGUGAAGGUGGGCAUUCAUGCAGCAAACAUCAUGCUUAAUAAGAGUUAUGAUAUUAUAAACAACCCUAAACAGAUGGUACCCUCUUUGAUGGAAACUGGUGCACGGUCAUAUAUUGUUAACUUUCUUCAAGAUUAUAUCGCUAUCGGAACUUUAAUUUUGAUUGAAGAAAGGGGUAUAGUGUUCACCUUUGAAGGAUCCAAAAGGAAAAGUCCGUUAAAAGUUUAUUUAAAAGUUCACAACCCCCAAUUUUAUUGGAAGAUUAUCACACAAGCUGAAUUAGGUUUCGCGGACGCGUACAUAAAAGGAGACGUUUCCUUCACCGAUAAAAAUGAAGGUCUUCUUAAUAUGUUGAUGGUAUGCUCUUCGUUGAUAUACAUAUACAUCUUUUCAUGGCUCCCUACUGAUUUUUUCAUGGUUGCAGCUUUUUAUUCAGCACUAUCAAAUGCAAAAUAUAUCUAUCAUCACGUUAUGAGGAAAAAUACAAUUAGUCAAGCACGCAGUAACAUUUCUCAACACUAUGAUCUGAGCAAUGAACUUUUUUCUCUCUUCAUGGAUGAUACAAUGCAAUACUCAUGCGCAAUAUUCAAGAGCAAGGAUGAUGACUUGAAAACUGCACAGCUGAGAAAAAUAUCUUCCUUAAUUGAAAAGGCAAGAGUUAAUGAAAACCAUGAAGUUCUUGACAUAGGAUGUGGUUGGGGAAGGUUUGGUAUUGAAUUAGUCAAACAAACUGGCUGCAAAUACACAGGCAUCACCCUUUCGAAAGAGCAAAUUAAAUAUGCAGAAAGUAAAGUGAAGGAAGCUGGCCUCCAGUGCUAA